GGCCAACGUCCAUCAACUUUGACUCUGCCGUGUGUGCCAUACGAGCACACGCACUUGACGAGUAAUAUUGAGCCCGGCACGUCUUUUUCCUUUCCUUCUUUUUUUCCCUUGCUGGCGGGCGCGGACCCGGAAGUGGCUGGCAAACCUCGUGGUUGGUCGUUCUGUCAAAAGAAACGAGUACGCAGCCAUACUAACUCAACUUGUAAGCCGGCAACGCCUCCCCCCCUUGCUAGUUUUUUUUUCUCUCUCUCGCCUCGAUUGUCUUUUGCCUCUCCUCUCUCUCUGGCUUCACUUCCAGCAAGCAAUCAAAAAGCAGCGGCUGCUCUUUCUCCGCUCGACGCGCUGCAGCUGCCGCCGGGGUCCCGAAUUUCCAGUGAGACGACGCCCCCAGCUCGGCAUCCUGAUUGGCCCAGCCCCAGAGGCACCCGCGGGCCCUUUUUAGGGCCUUUGCAGGGGCUCCAAGUGCUAAUGUCUCUGUGCCCGCACGCUCUCGGGCCAAUCAGGGAGCCAGACGCCUGUGAUGGGCGCAAGCCACUGCAGUCUCUCGGCGGCAAUCAGCGAUAUGGGAUUUGCUGCUGCCAGGGCCCGUCUGUUCGCGCCCGGAUUUUUUUCAUCUCAAGACAACCCGUCCAUGGUCGGAAUUGAAAUCCAUGUGUCCAUCAAGCUGGUGUUGCUAUUUUAAACAACACCCACCGAUGUGCUUCAGCAGCCGCCCACCAAAACUUGAUUUUGAUUUUGUCUCAAUUCCAUCUAAUCAACUGAUUCAUUCAUGCAGUCCAUUCUCUCCUUCUUAUUCUUCUUCGUUUUUCCAUCGUUGGCACUAAGGCAGCCCGUGGCGUGAGAGCCCGACCAAGCCCGUCAGCAGACGCUGACCAUCCCCCACAACAAAGUUCGUCUACGCCUUUUCCAUACUACAGCUCCGGCUCUAUCGCCAUCCGGGGGUGGGCGGUCAACGGGUUUGCCCGUGGGCCGUGUUGCAGCUCUUCUCUUAUGUCUGCUACGGAGCAGAGUUGUCGUCGACCCGGAGAGCCGCAU